AGCUCAGACACAAUGAACCGUCAGACACAGAGGGGCACGCAUGUGGGGCAGGAGACACUGGCACACUUUUAGCGCAUAAAUAUCAUCAUUUGUGCCUUUUAUUGGUUUUCUUGACGUUUUCCUGGCUCCGGGUCCACUGUAUGGGGGUAAGCAGACUGAAGUGGGAACGGUUGGUUGGUUGAGUUUGAUGAAAACGGGCUCGAGCUCAGUCUGCCGUUAGCCCCUCCUGCGGAUCCUCUCCUGCUUUUUUUCGACUAAAGCCGAACAGAGAACCAUGUCGUUGACCGCCUCCUCCGAUUAUUUCGCCGCCGAGUGUUUGGUGUCGAUAUCCAGUGGUCCCGUACUGCACAGACCCACGCCGGUGGCCCCCGCCGGCCAGUCCGCCAUGGUGGGCCUUCUCCCCGGGGAGCCGGAUGGGUCGAGCGAGGACAGGGAAGUGCGCGAGACUCUGAGGCUGGAGGGGGCCAACAUGAUGGCGGUGGCCGGGAUCCUCACCGACCUGCACGGCAAGUUCCGCCCCAUGUCGGCCUACUCGGAAAGCAGCAACUCCUCGUGUGGUGAGAGCGGUUACACCACGUUGUCCGACCCGACCACCCCUACCAUGACCCCCUCCGCCACCCCGAUCCCCGGACAGCAGCAGCAGCCGAGGGGGGUGGGAGGAGGCGGCGGCGUGGGGGCCCCCCGGUCCCCGGUGAAGCGACAUCAGUGCACUUUUGACGGAUGCGACAGAGUUUAUGGGAAAUCGUCCCACCUGAAGGCACACAUCCGGACACACACAGGUGAAAGGCCAUUCCCGUGCACUUGGCCUGACUGUGAGAAGAAGUUUGCCCGCUCUGAUGAGCUGGCGCGCCACACCCGUACCCACACCGGAGAGAAGCGCUUCCUGUGCCCUCUGUGUGACAAGCGUUUCAUGCGCAGCGACCACCUAAUCAAGCACGCCCGCCGUCAUCCCGACUUCCAGCCCUCCAUGUUGGGACGCAACAAGGGCUCCACGUCCUCCUCCCCUACUCCGGCUCCGCUGCCCAGCACUAGGACAGCUCCAGUCGGGAGAUGUGUUUUUGUGUACUGGGGCCGGCAGGAGCACAGAUAGUUAUCGCGGUUUCAAGUUAACCAGCUACAAUCAGAUCCACUUUUUAGGAUUUAGCCUUGCGGUGUUGUAGU